AUGAGCGAAAGCGAAGCAACCGGCGUUACCGAUGAAUCGGUUCCAGCGAUUGAAGCUGCUGCUGAUGCGAUGCAGCAUACGGCGAUCGGUGUGGUCGAUUCGGUGGAGGAAGCCAUAGAAGGAGCAGAGAAAUGGGUGGGUGAUUUGCAGCGGACGGUGAAGGAAUCGACGGACUCCGCCAUGCGCUCUGCUCGUACCCUCCGUGAAAACUCUACCUCUCAGCUCCGCUCCGCACAGGAUUUCAUUCCACAUGCUGUGACUCAGUAUAAGACAUAUGAGAAUGCUUUCUUCAGUAAAGUGACAGAAGAAUUGACAAACGCAAAGGAGCAUCCGGCUGCUGCUGCUGGGAUUGGUCUCGCUGCUGCUCUCGUUCUUAUGCGAGGCCCAAGAAGAUUCCUGUUUCGUAAUACACUGGGCCGAUUUCAGAGUGAAGAGGCACAGUUCUUGAAAGCUGAGAAGCAUGUCCAGGAGUUGAACCUGUCUGUAGACUUGAUGAAAAAGGAGAGCAGGAAAUUGCUUGAGAGGGCCGCUUUAGCAGAGAAGGAUAUGAAUCGCGGUCUCGCUGAACUCAUGGACUCUGGAAACAAUAUACAUCGUCUUGCUAAAUCUGUGCACAAGGUUGAAUGCGAAGCUACAGAUUUAAUGGAUGGACUGCGGCAACUUCCUGGGAGGGAAGCUAUCAAGCUUAGAGCCGAAGUGGCUUCCAUGACUUCGCUCUUGAGACAGAAGAGGAUUGCAUUGAACAAAAGAAUCAUGAGGAUGUCUGAGCUAGGAGUUCCCGUCUGA